AUGCCUCUUUCGCGCCCUUCUUCUCCCGUUUCUGUUCUUGACAAGGAAAAGGCUGUCGAGCACAUUGAAAGUGCUCCAGUCGAAUCAACCUAUCUUGAGGGCUUCCCUCUCCUUCGCGAUAAAUCAGAGGAAGAACUUGCUGUUUUGAACAAGAAAGUCUUGAAAAAGCUCGACUGGAAGUUCUUGCCAUGUAUCACUGCGAUGCUGCUCAUGAACUACCUGGACCGAAUCAAUGUGUCCAACGCCCGCCUUGCUGGUAUGCAGAAAGAUCUAGGAAUGAAUGAUGUCAUGUGGUCUACUGGUAUCUCCAUGUUCUACGUCGGAUACAUCAUCUCUCAAAUUCCUGCCAACGUUAUCAUCGCCAAGGGCAAUCCUCGUAUUCUCAUGCCAUGUUGUAUGCUCGCUUGGUCUGCCGUCACCAUCUGCAUGCCUGCAAUGAAGAGCGGUUGGUCUUUCUGCGUGUGCAGGUUCCUAGUCGGGUUCACAGAAGGCCCAUUCCUGCCUGCUGUUUCUCUUAUGACAUCUUCAUGGUACACCAAACACGAAUCGCCACUCCGCAUGGGUAUCUGGCAUGCUGGUAAUAUCAUCUCCAACGUCAUCUCUGGUUUACUUGCGGCAGCAAUCUUGACAAACAUGGAUGGUAUCGCCGAUCUUCAUGCUUGGCAAUGGUUCAUCAUCCUUGAGGGAAUCGUCAGCAUUAUGGUUGCUGUGACUGGCUUUUGGCUUCUACCUAAUUGGCCUAGCAACACUGGAACAUACUUCUUUACACCUGAAGAGUCGGAAAUGGCCCAGUGGCGUGUCCUUGUGUCUGCGGGUGGUGUCUCCGAAGAUGACGAGGGUGACUAUUGGGGCGGUGUCGUCCAGGCCCUCCGCGAUCCUUUCACAUGGAUGUUUGCUUCUCUGCACUUUGCUCUCAUCAUUGCGCAGUCCUUCAAAGACUUCUUCCCAUCCAUCAUGGCUACUCUUGGAUUCUCCAAGGUGGUGACGUACCUUGUCCAGGCACCACCCUACGUUAUCGCCUACUUCGUCACUCUCGCCAUUUCCUGGUCUAGUGGUCGUCAUUUGGAGCACUGUUGGCAUAUCAUUGGCAGCAUUGCAGUCUGUCUUGUGGGCGCGAUCAUCAUGAUCUCCACUCUCAACACCGGCGCCAGAUACUUUGCCUUGAUCCUUCUCUGCUCCGGACCUUUUGUCGGUCUCAACAUCCAGAUUUCUUGGGAGACGACUGUCGUUCCCAGACCUCGCACAAAAAGGGCUGCACUCAUUGCCAUCGCCAACUGUGUUAGCAGUGUGAGUCACUGGUUCUCUCCCUACUUCUUCCUCACCAGCCAGGAGCCCAGAUAUCAGACUGGUGGUGGUGUCAUCAUUGCUGGAUGUGGUAUAACCAUUAUUUCCUGUUUGAUUACUAGAUGGUGGUGCAUCAGAAAGAACAAGGCGCUUGAUAAGAGAGAAGCAGAGACUGGCGAGGUCAACAGUUGGCGCUUCGCUACUUAA